CCGCGCCUCCAGGGGCCCCGGGCGGCCGAGCGCGGCGCGCCCUCCCGAUGGCGGGCUGCGAGGAGGUGAGCGUGUCCGGCUUCGAGGAGUUCCGCCGGGCCGUGGAGCAGCACCACGACAAGACCAUCUUCGCCUACUUCACCGGCUCGAAGGACGCCGGGGGGAAGAGCUGGUGCCCCGACUGCGUGCACGCCGAGCCGGUCGUACGAGAGGGGCUGAAGCAUAUCAGUGAAGGAUGUGUGUUCAUCUACUGCCAAGUGGGAGAGAAACCCUAUUGGAAGGAUCCGAAUAAUGACUUCAGAAAAAACCUAAAGGUGACGGCAGUGCCUACACUACUUAAGUAUGGGACGCCUCAAAAACUGGUGGAAUCUGAGUGUCUUCAGGCCAGCCUCGUGCAGAUGUUGUUCUCUGAAGAUUAAGAUUUGAUGAUGGCAAUUGUGUCUGGAUGUCCUGAUUUCCUCUAGUAUAAAGGCAAUUGCAUACUUUUUUUGAAUUCACGUUAGCAGUAAAUAAAUAAUGGUUAAAAAAAAAAAAAAAAAAAAAAAAAA